AGCAUGAAUGCAUGAUACUCCUCUUUAGAUAAUUUUGCUAAACCAGAGGACAGUCGAACAAACAGUACACCUAUAUAUACGAAACUAUUCAGUUCUCGUACUGAAAGGGGCAACAUACUCAUUCUGGGGAUUUCAGUUUCACCACUACAUUCCUUUUUGUGGUUAGCCCAAAGGUCAGUGUUCAGAUUGCUUGAGUAGUGGAGUACUACUUUUCUAGAUCCGGGCCAAGUGCAGGUGCAAUGCUCCCAUUGUAUUUGUAGAGAGGUGCACAAUAAGAGAGGGGAGCACCACGGUUUCUGAAGAAAGAAAGAAAGAAAGAAAGAAUGAAGGCAGAGGCCACUCACAAGGCAACGGCAUCAGGCAGCAAGAUGGCGGUGCUCCAAGCUCCUGUUGGAGUGAGGAGCAUCGUGAGCUCCAUGGUGGCCUUCUUCAUCGUAGCCAGCUCCAUCACCUUCUUGCUCGACCGAGGCCAGGAAGCGCAGGUGCAAAUGGCGGUCGGACAAGAACACCACCGAGAAAUGCAGGUGAGAGGGACAACCGAGGCGGGGGACGCCGGCGAGGAGGAGUGCAACUGGUCGAGGGGACGGUGGGUGUACGACAACGUGUCCCGGCCAUUGUACUCUGGGCUCCAGUGUGCUUUCAUCUUCCCCGAGGUGGCUUGCGACAAAUAUGGCAGGAAGGAUGUCAUGUACCAGCAAUGGAGAUGGCAGCCCCAUGGAUGCGACCUUCCGAGAUUCAAUGCCACCAAGCUGCUUGAAAAGCUGAGGAACAAGAGAUUGGUGUUUGUGGGCGAUUCAGUCAACAGGAACCAAUGGGUUUCCCUGGUGUGCAUGGUGGAUGCCUCUAUACCUGAUACCAGGCACAAGAUGCGCGUCUUCAAUGGCUCGAUCAUUUCCUUCAAGGCUUUGGAAUACAAUGCGACGAUAGACUUCUACUGGUCGCCGCUGCUGCUGGAGUCCAACAGCGACAACCCCAUUAUCCACCGUGUAGAGUACCGGAUCAUUAGGGCAGACAGAAUCGAGAAGCACGCCGCUGCCUGGAGGGAUGCUGACAUCAUUGUCUUCAAUUCUUACCUGUGGUGGAGGAAGCAGAAGGAUGACAUGAGGAUGAAGGUCAUGUAUGGUUCAUUUGAAGAUGGUGAUGCAAGGUUAGACGAAGUGGAAAUGAUUGAUGGUUUCGAGAUAGCUCUCAAGAAACUAACCGAAUGGCUCGGAGAGAAUAUUGACAAGAACAAGACUAGGAUCUUUUUCGCAGGAUCAUCACCUACACAUUCCUGGGCUAGCAACUGGGGUGGAGAAGACAGCAACAAAUGCCUCAAUGAAACGGAGCCGAUCUACAAAAUCGGAUACAAAGCCGCAACUACAGAUUACAGCUUGAUGGCCAAGGCUAAGUCGUAUUUUGCAACAUUGGAGAGGAAAGGUAUACAUGUUGAGAUACUGAACAUCACGGAGCUGUCCGACUACCGCAAGGACGGGCAUCCCACGGUGUUCAGAAGACAGUUUGUUCCUCUGACGAAAGAGCAGAUUGCGAACCCAGCCAGCUACGCGGAUUGCACGCACUGGUGCCUCCCCGGUGUUCCUGACGUCUGGAACGAGUUUUUGUAUGGCUACCUCAUGUACAAAUGAAAUGAUCGACAUACAAUGCCAGAUUAUCUACUCUAUAUGAUGUAAAAAUGACAUACUACAUCUAGGUUAGGCUGCUUUUGUGCAGAGAAUGGUUGGCCUCGUUACAAUUACAUGCAUGCAGAGUGAUUGGAGAAAAGUGUAAUACCCGGAAAUUUUGUAAACUUCAGA